AUGCGUCCUCUCCCGCUCUCCUCCAGAGACAAGCCUGUUCCCCUCACCUCGGCGGGACAAUGGCAGGAGGGCGAGUGGGCGUCUUCCACAGCGAUGGACCUCCCAGUUCUCGAGGCCCUGGUCAAGAAGAUGGACCCGGCCAGCGACGACGGACAGACCUUCAUCGCCGAGCGCUGGAUUAACUGGAGCGGAAAGGGCAUGGACGACCGGCUUAAGGCUCUGUUCGCCGACACGGCCGAGCGGGACGUUAACAAGCCGGACGAGGGCAAGACGGCGACGGGCCCGAACAUGGCCAACGCCGCGCGCAAGCAGGACAUCAAGAAGUGGGGCAAGUCCGACCUCAACCGUGCCCCGGCACGUAUCUCGGCCCUCGCCCUCGGCUACCUCGGCGACGGACAGGAGAAGGCGCUCGUCGACGCUGCCCAGAAGUUGACGGACCUUACGCAACCGGACGAGGACGCGCGUGAGGCGUCCGCCCUCGUCGCGCUCGGCAUUCGCAACACGAUCCUGACCGGCGACCCCAAGUGGUCCGAGGCGAUUGAGUUCCUUGGUCCCAUCCGCAAGAAUGUCUGGACGAGGCGCAUCACCGAUGCUGAGAAGAGCAAGGUCGAGGACUUCAGCGACAACAAGACGUCGCACGGCGCAUUCCAGGCUGCCAUUGCGGCUCUCAACGGCGCGAAGGACGUGCAGGAUGUCCUCGACCGUGCCGUGCGCGGUGGUGGUGAGAGCGACCGCGUUGCCGCCAUCGCGGGCGCCCUGGCUGGAGCCAAGUCGGGGGCGAGCAAGCUCCCUCCGUGGUGGCAGAAGCUGUACGGGUGGCCUACCAAGGUCGACGCGAUCCCCGACCAGGUCAACUCCGUCAUGACCAGGUACGAGUUUGAUGAGGAGUAA